AUGGACAAGGCUAUAAGGGAAGUGUUUCCAAAAUCGAGGCAUCGGUUUUGUACAUGGCACAUUGGAGAAAAUGCUGUUGUAAACAUCAAAGGUGUUAUGGCCAAAGAAGGAUUCAAACGUCGGUUUGAUUAUGUUUUGAAAUAUACUGACACAGUUGCUGAGUUCGAGCAUUAUUGGAAUAGUCUUUUGGCUGAUUACAAUUGCGCUAAACAUUCAUGGAUAAUAAGGUUAUAUAGUUUGAAGGAGAAAUGGUGUCCUGCAUAUAACAAAGAGUGGUUUUCUGGGGGUGUUUUGUCUUCUCAAAGGAGUGAGACUACAAAUCAUUCUAUUUCUAGGAGGUUGCAUAAAACCAAUGGUUUAUGUGAUUUUUAUAAGUGUUUUUUAGAUGUCAUUGAUGAGUGGAGAAGUAAGGAGAACAAAGGAGAUUAUAAUUCUUCUACUGGUAAUAAAUAUUAUGCAUGUUCGGAUAACAUGUUAUGUAUGCAUGCCCGGGAUGUGUACACCAUUGCAAUAUAUUUGAUAUUUGAGCAACGAUUCAUCAAAGCUGUUGGUUUGAGGAGUGAACGGAUUCGUUUUGAGUAUCCAGUUUCUGAGUAUAUUGUUGGUCAUCCUACAAAGGAUUUCAUUAGACACAAUGUCAGAUUUAAUGAGUUAGAAAUGGUUGUUGGUUGUACUUGCAAGUCUUUUGGAGAAAUAGGCAUUCUUUGUUCUCAUAUCCUUCGAGUUUUUAUCGUCCAUAAUGUUGAAAGGAUUCCCAAUUGA